GCUGAUACUUUGGUGUCUAGGGCAAUUGAUUCGGGGUAUAGAAGGAGGCUUGGGAGGGCUCAGUUGCUUUUUGAGAGCUCUUGUGAUUGGAUCGAGGAAAUGGCAUGCUUAGCAGGAGUUGAUAUUGAAGGGUUUGCUAAUCCAGUAGAGGACUUUAGGAUCAAGGAGAUGUUAAGGUGGUAUUGCGAUGAUCCGUCUGAGAAUGUGGAUCCAGUUAGAGGAUGUGCAGAGGAGGUCAAGGAUGAUGCAGAUAAGGUGAGGUUAUUAGAAAGGUACUUGAUAGUGUGGCCAUACACGAUAAAUGAUAUGCCUUUGUUUUUGGUGAAAAGAGAUGGAAAAAUGUCAGUAUCAGCAGUUUCAUCAGUAAUUAAACGUAUGGCAGAUCAUGUGAAGCUGCGGG